UGAUUUUAGGCUUUUAGCAUUAGCAGUCGUCCUUGAGGCUUGAAGCCUUGAACUGGCUUGAUAACGUUGCUCUUAUUCUCUCUACCUAUCUGACUUGACGAGUCACAUGGGAAGAGAUUUUAGACACUUUUAAAUUGUUAAGAGGAAUGGAGAAAAUUAAUCUUCCAACAUUGGGGCGUUCAGUUGCCCUUGGAGAUCUGUAUGAUUACUCUCGUGACAAAAUCAUCCCAAAUGGGUUUUCAUGUUCCAUAAAAUGCAAGGAAACAAACAUGAGCCAAAAUGGUCUAGUCAAGUCUUGUGUGAAGAUUCUUAUUGAUCCAUCAGAAGAAGAGAAAUGGGCACACCUAAAACUGAAAUCUCAUCUUCAAGCCAGCAUUUUGGCACAAUUGGUUCCAUCUGAAGAACUGUGGUGCUCCGAGUAUUUAUUUCAAAAACCUAGCUCAGAAAAUCUACAUGUGGCCUGUGUUACUGUUUUCCUGACUGCGUGCAUCCGCCAUGAGAUCUGUGACCCAACAGAUUUCAUUGGCAGCGUAAAGAUAAAGGAGGUCCAGUCACUUGAUAGACCCACCCAUGUUGUUUCAGAAAUAGUUCAUGGCUUUAAUGCUUUAUUUAACUUCGAGCUUCCAACUUCUUCAACUGAAGAGAAAAUCUACGCUGAAAAUCAGUUGUUUUUAUGGGCCAAGAAAACGUUCUCCAACCUGAAUGAUGAAAUUCACCUCGCAGAUCAAGAUUCAUCUGAUUUUUCUAUUCUGACGAAAUCAUCUUGGUAUCUCUGUACUGAUCUAAAAUGGGGUUGCUUUUCUCAAGACGACGACUUUUCCACUUGUCUCAGUGCUCUUCAGAAACUUCUUCGUUGCUGUGAUAAAGCUUGUUAUGUCCCAGUUAAAAUGUCUCUUUGCUCACUAGAAAGCUUGAAAGUUUAUGGACCACCGAAUCGCGAUUUAGAACCAGACUUGGUGUCGAAGCUUUUCUCGCUCAAGAGCAUUCUUCUGCAAGUUCAUUCACGGUGUCAAUUCCUUCUAAAAGACUCAUUCCUGCCUACGAUUCCUCAUCUAUCGUUUCGCCUUAAAGAAUUCCAGAAAUGCAUUCAAACCCUUAACAACUACAUUUCUUGCACCUCAUCUUCAACUUUGAUUGGAUAUAGAAGAUGUGGUAUUUCGAAAGAAAGCGUGAAGAAAGUUUGCCGCGAAAUCAUUUACAAUUUCUUUUUGGACGACGUGCUAAUGGAAUGGCUUGUCACUCGACAGCAAGAGCUAUUUCUUCUUAAAUCCCUGCUAGAAAACGUUGACAUCCCAUGGAAAGCUGAAGAACUGGUCAUCGGAGACAUCAAACCUGGACAACAUGCGAAAUCCUUUGUAUUCAAAACGAAGCUAAUUGACGAUCCUGUGAUAUCUAAAUUGAAGAAAAGCUUGUUUAUGGACGAAAGUGAAGAUCUUUGGACUACUUUUGAGAUUUUAGAAGCAAAUCAAAAAGAUGUGGAAACUUUUCGAACCAAACUCAAUUUGUUUUGUGAAAAUGCUCCAAAGAGUUACUGCUAUACAAUAUUGGUAGCCUCUAAUAACCUUGAAGAUGGAGCUAUUCAAGACUUUAAUCGGCCCUUUCUGUCGUCUUCGAAUCAACGUGACUUCAUUCCUUUAACAUCCCCGGCGAAAAGUAGAAGUUUACUUGGUAUCCCUCCGUUGUCUUUCCACGUUUCGCCGAAGCAGAUUGGAGCCAUUGCAAAAAAUCGAAGUUUAUCACUUUCUACUUACGAACACAACGACUGUGCUGAUGCGUCCAAGAUAAAAAACGUAAUCACACUUGAUGCUGAAACAAUCCAAGGAAACGAAAUAGGAUCUUUUGGUUACAUUGAUCCAAAGAAAUCGGCACUAAAUUUAGCUCAAGAAAUUGUCCGCGAUUGCCGGUGUCUAAAAGAAGGCGAUCCUGCUAUUUAUCUUCUGAAAGCCAACGAGAGGACUAGCCCCAAUCAAGAAUUUCGAUGGUUUGACAUUGGUAAACCCUCUAAAAAGAAAGAACGUGGUCACAAGGUUGUAGUCCUGUUGGGUGCUGCCGGUUGUGGUAAAAGUGCUGUCGUCAACGGAAUGAUAAAUUACAUCCUUGGUGUGGAAUGGAGUGAUCCAUUCCGCUUCUGCGUUGUUAAUGAAGCAAUUCAAAAUGAAAACCUCAGUCAGACAACUUCUGUCACUUCUUUUCACAUUCACUACAUGGAAGGGAUGAAGAUACCGUACGACUUUACUAUCAUCGAUACACCCGGUUAUGGCGACAUUCGAGGAUUAGAACGUGACCGGGAGGUCACUCGAAACAUUGGUCAAUUUCUCUCGCAUCCUGAGACGCUUGAAAAAUUCGAUUUUGUUAGUGCUGUUUGCUUCGUUGCAUCAUCGGCGGACUGCAGACUGACGCCCACACAGCAGUACAUUUUGGAGUCAGUUUCUAACAUCUUUGGAAGCGAUGUCCGCAAAAACUUGAGGUUGCUAGUAACCUUCUCCAAUGGCGUGAAACCUCCUGUUUUGCAGGCAAUUCGUGAAGCCUGCAUUUCUGGAUUUCGUGACGAGCAGGACGUCCCUAUCCCAUAUCACAAAUUCAACAACUCGGCCCUCUAUGCAACAAACGUUCCCAAUCUUGAUGAUGCUGAAGAUGCAAUGAAAUUUGAUCAACUCUUCUGGGACCUAGGUCGCUCGAAUUUCCAGUCUUUUUUUGAAAACCUAUCAGUAAUGCCCGACCACCAUUUGGAUGAAGUGGAACAGGAAGUUAACUCAAAAAUUCGCCUCAAGAAGUUACUACAUGAUAUUGAACUGCAAUUGGAUAUCGCCUUUUGCAACAUUGAAAACAUCGAAAAAUUCAAGCAGAUGGUGACUCAUUUUAGCAGUGAAUUCGAAAGUUACAGGAACUACGAAAUUGAAGUUGAAGAACCAGUUGUCAUUAAAAUCGCUUGCCGUGGAUCAAAGUGGGCUUAUAAUUGCCGAAAUUGUUCCUUUUCCUGCGAAAAAUCCUUUUCUUCCAAGGACCGAAAUAGAAUUGAAGAACAUCCUUCAUUUCCACGACCCUGCUGCAACAAAUUAUGUUUGUGCCCAGGAAAAAUGCACGGCUUCGACCAGUACGAGUUUCAGUGGGCGAAAGUGAAAGUCAAGAAAACACUUCAAGACAUGAAAGAAACUUACGAAAUCAAACAAGGUCGUAAAUUGUCGAUUGGAGAGCUGCUGGUGCAAUGUCAACACGAACUUUAUGAAGCCAAGUUGAAAGGGGUGUCGUUGUUAGAAGAAUCUUUGGGGGCCUCGGGCUUGAACUCCAAGACAACAAUUGUUUCCGAUUACGUCAAAACGUUGAAGAGCCUUGCCCGAAGCUCGUCCAGGAUUCAAACGUUCGACAAUCUACUUCAUUUAAUAGUGUCGCAAAAGGAUGUUCCGGAACUUGCUAGAGCGGAUUCUUUGACGAAUAACGGCCAUUCUUCAGUCGGCAGCGAACAUGAUGAAGUAAGUUCUCGUGACAGUUCAUUUCUAGAUGUUAAGAAAUGGGGUUUCCACUUGUUGCCGAAAAUGUUUUCCAAGUCCAAAUUUUAACUAAAAGCUGUUAAAAUAAUCAACAACUUUUUUUUUUAACUCGGAAGUUUAUUUUCAAAUCUCAUUUUCUCUAAACUGUAAAACCACAUCGUUAUUGGUUUUUGAGAAAAUACUCGAAUUUCAAGUUUUAAUUUUUUUAAAAUGUGUUCUCCAUUCUUAUAAUGUUAACCUUAUUUUCGGUAAACGGUAGAACCAAAUCGUUAUGGGUUUUGAGAAAAAUUCGGAAUUGAAGUUUCAUUUUUUUUUUACUACGUUCUUCAUUGUAAUAAUGUCCUAACCUUUACAUGUGUUUCCGUAACAUAUUGUAACCGAGAAAUAAACCGCUUUUAAUGGAA